GGCAAAUGUUUUGCAACGUACUACAUAAACUAGAUAAUACACUAUGUGAUCGGAUGCAUCGUUAUUCUAGGCAUAUUUAUAUUUUAAGGCCGCUAGUCAAUAUUGGGUGCGACUACUUUGCUCAAAUUUUAGAAACACAGCACUGGAUAUAUCCAUCAAAGAAUGAGUUAGGUAAUGGAGUGCGCAUUUUAUUAGUAUUGUAGCAUUAACACUCUGAACACAGUGCUCCCAAUAAAAUGCAAUGUUUGAAAAAUUAUAACUCAGCCGUUUAUUGACGAAUUUCAAAUCUAUUAGCUCCAUUUGGAACUACAAGCUUUACAAAUUUAUUCGGCAUGAAUAUGUAACAUCUGUUGAUAAAUUGCUGAACAAUAAUUUUUCAAACAUUGCCAAUUUUCCGUUACCCAUUUUACCGGAGGCAUCGUGUUCGGAGUGUUAAUGGUCCGUCGCUCAAUUUCAACUACUGUUCAAUUUUCCUCUUCGGACCUUUCUCUAGCUAAUAACGUAUCGCACUAAAGCAAGCAGCCUUCGUGUUGAGAUAACAUUUCCACCCAACACCCAAUAUUUCUUCUUGGAGGGUUUUCUAUCCUGAGAUCCAUUGUUUCCCUACAUUCCAGCAUAUCAAAACAUCAUAAAGAACUUAGGAAUUCACACUCAUCAAUGCAUGGUCAGUGAUUCUGUCAAGUGCGAUGACUCUCUCUCUCUCUCUCUAUUCUCUUGCUGAAUCUUAAAAUCACAUCAUAUUGGGGAAUCCCACGCAGGCUCAAUCUUUCCAGUCUUUUCUCAUUCUUUAAUAGCAACGAUUGUUGGGAGUUUCUGCAUAGGUCAGUUUGAGAUUCGUGAAAUUAAUAUUAGGUGAAAUAUUGUUUAGGUUUUAAAAUAUGACUGUACUUUUUGCACUGUUUUCUUUGGCGUUACUUUCUCUGAUCUCGCUGCAAAUAGAAGCGCUACAAUGCGGUAAACGUCAACUGUCUCACUUGGCACUUAUUUAUAGUGGAGCAGAUUCCGUCGAAGGAGAAUGGCCCUGGCACACGGCUCUUUACAUUAUGAAAAGAAAUGAUAAUACGCCCACAUACCAGUGUGGAGGAACACUUAUCAGCUCCAGCUUUGUGCUAACUGCCGCUCAUUGUACCACUCAAUAUCAUAUCCCGUUACCAGCGGAUCGUCUGAUUUUGAGACUUGGGAUUACCAAUUUGAGUACUGUUGGGCCUACUUUAAUAGAUCACAAAGUGAAAAAGAUUAUCCGUCAUGGGAAAUACAAUCCCACAUACCACCAAUAUGACGUUGCUCUGCUGAAGACGGUUAACGAGGUGGUAUUCUCCGAUUACAUUCAACCAGUUUGUAUGCCGACUGGAAGUACUGCUGAAAGUUAUAAGUUUGGACACGUAGUCGGAUGGGGAUUCGGUGAGGGAAACCAGUUGAAACCAGUUCUGCAGAAAGCUACGCUAGGGUUUGUCAAUGCCUUAACGUGCUUGUCGAGCAAUCCUGUGCUAUAUAGUUUUCUCCUGUCCAAAGAUAACAGCAAUUUUUGUGCCGGAAAUGCGAACGAAACUAACGUUUGUGAUGGAGACAGCGGUGGAGGCAUGUUCGUGUAUAACGAACAGGACAAACGAUGGUACAUCAGAGGAAUUGUUAAUGCCGGUGCUCGCGCGCAAUCGGCAAUGAAAACCCGAUGCGAUACGAAGCAGUUUGUUACAUUUGGUAACGUAACGUACUUUAAGGAUUGGAUUGACAGUAAGGAACAUGAGAAAACUACUAACUUGCUUGAUUUGGAUGACUGUGCCGCAGAUGAUCACGAUUCAAGCGUUCCGGAAGAAGAGAAGCCAAUUUUCCUCCAGUAUCCUUGGGUUACCAUUCAGGAAUUCAGCGUUCCAAAUGCCAGUAAAAUUCAGAUGGUAUGCAGCGGGGUCUUGAUCCAUCCCCAAUUUGUACUUUCGAUGGGUCAUUGCGCUUGCGAUUUAUGUGAUGGAACAGAACUGAAAUCCGUUCGGCUUGGAGACUAUGACCUGUCUAGCAAUCCAGACACAGAUAUUUAUGGGGUUGCAACCAGCACACACUCAAUCCCUGUGUCUAAAGUGAUCCACCAUCCUAAGUUCGCCAUAACAGGAUACAGCCACAAUAUUGCACUGAUUAAGCUUUCUCGGUCGGCUCCAGUAGAAAAGUUAAACAUAAAACCAAUAUGUUUGCCAAAAGCUUUGAGCUUUGCUGGAAAUCUCUCAGUCGUUGGCUGGAAACGGGCAGGAGAUAACAUUCUACAGCGAGAGAUUUCCCGUAUGCAGGAGGGUUUCUUAUGCAAGAAGGUUUACAGCUCGAUAAACGUUGACCUGGAUCCGGAGGAAAGCUUUGUAUGCGUUGAUCACAUCGAUGACAAAGCGAAUGAUUGCUACAGUUUUAAAAGUGGAAGUUCGCUCCACUAUCUGGACAGAGUAGAUGGGACGAAUCGAUAUUAUUUGAAAGGACUCUAUGCCUUCGGAUCUUCACGAUGUAGACUAAAUUUAACAGAUGUGUUUGUAGAUGUGCAUUACUACUUGAACUGGAUAAAAGAGACUGUUGAGAUGGAGCUUCGGCGUUAGCGGUGGUCGAUUUUUAUUAGGAGAGUAGGUUAGGUGUUCCAGUUAUAUAAAUAUUCCAUAUUUGCAACGGUACUAGUUGAGCAUUUCCAGCCCAAAUAGCAAAAAGAAAGAUAAAAAUUGCA